AUGCGUUAUCGAUCUGUUUGUCUGUCGCUGGCUCUUCUGGUGGUCGUGGUGCCGCCGACGGCCGAUGGAUUCCUCGCCUCGGCCUUUUCUUCUGUUUCCCAGGCUGGCAAGACAUCCAACUGCCAUGAUUGGAGCGACUACGGGCCUUGCUUCAGGUUUUUGUCUCUGCAACACAAAGUAGAUUUCUGGAUUUUCGUUCAAAAUUAGCCAUUUCGGUCUGCUUUGUCUAAUAUCUUUUUUCAGCACUUCGGACAGAUCUUUCUGGCAUCGGCUUCCUCGGCAGUGCUACCAGAACAGAUACAUGUCGGUUAGUUUCUGAAAAUCCGAUUUCUGAAAAUUUGGCUCUUUUUCAGUUGAUCACGGGGAUCGGUAAUCCAAUCGUGCAGAAAGUGAUGGACUACGCCGAAUUAUUCAACAAGUCUGCCGACGCCUGCGGAAUGUGCAAUGUCCAAGUCGCCUGUUCUCCACGAUGUGACUAUACUCCGGGGUUCCUCUCUAAACUUUUUACGUUGGAAAUUAUUUUUCCUUAUAAUAUCUUUGAAUGGUUUCGAAUGAAUUUCGUUGUGUAUAAAAGAAUUGAAUCUUCUCAUAGAAAAAUACUAAAAUAACGUAAUUAGUUCAGAGGAAACUCGUUCGGCGUGGUCGACAGAAUCUGCGAUCUUCCGACUGAAAGACAGGCCUGCGCCAUGACUCCUCAGGCUUUUGACGAAGACAGCGGCUUGUGCAAAGUCUGGCCACCGAGGUCUUUAAGUUGUUUCAGAAUGACUGUUUUAUUAUUCUAAUCAUUCGUAGAAGAACGACAGCCGUCGAUUUCCUCGGUGCCUUGGUUCCACCGAACAUUAGGGACCAAGUCUGGGCUCUGAAAACCUUUAAAUUGCAUCAGGUACGCAAUAUUAUUUUUCGAAUUAUUGAAUUAGCGCAAAAAAAUAAUUUUUCAAUAAUUUUUCCCAAAAAAAGUGAAAUGAAUUAAUAUAUUCACGGACGACCAAAAUAAACUUUUGUUUCUUUUCUCGGAAAGUUUUUGAAAAAAGCUGGCCGAAUUUCAAACAACUUUUUAGUUUUUAUUAAACUUCUAUCGUUCGUAGAUUUUCUAUUAUCCGACAAAAGGUUGAGAGACAUAAAGAAACUUUCUUUUCAAUGUAAAUAAAAGUUUGAAGCAUAAACUCGAAAUGUUACUGCUGCUGCUCUCCUUACAAGCCGAAUCCCUGCGACGCCCAGUGUACACUGCAUCCCUGCAGUCGUCGCAGUUCCUUCUCAUCUACUCAAAUCAAAGUAUUCAGUUACUGAUGUUUGCAUCGAGAACUUUUUUCUUCAUCAGAUACUCCGACGAAAGUGGUUGGCAAAGCUGGAAGAACAACAGCAGGAAGAAGGAGAAAGCGAAGAAUGAAUUUUUCAGUUUUUCUGCACUUUUUUUGCAAUUUAAAUUACGAGUGUUUCAAUCCUUGUCAAUAUAUUCAUUUUUGAAAAUAAUUGUUUGUUUUAUGAAGUUUUUGAACCGAGAGCCGCAAGACAGAAAAAAACAAGCAGGAACAAAUAGAGACGACGCACUUGAAGGAUUGACAAGGAUCACUUGGUUGUACAAAAAACGUGUGAAAAUUUUUCGAAGGAGUUUUUAUUUCCGCAACGGACUUUAUUCGCCCUCAAUUUCAGUAGGAAAGAAGUUAUCUGAUCAGAUGUAUUUGAAAGGCGGCUAAACUUGAAAAAAACUAUCACCAGGCUGUUUGAAAAACUCGAUGAGCAGAACUAAACAAAACUAUAAAUUUUUGAGCUAUUGAAAAAUAAAUCCAACCAGCGAGCAUUUUUUUGGACUUUCUGGUGCUUGCGGAAACAUAUUAAAUUCAAAAAGAAAAGCUGUCGAUUGAAUUUUUUGCUUUAACUUGUCAAUUCAAGAAGAUGCUUCAAAAAUAAACCAUUUCAACUAUAGUCUGUUCCGAUUUUAAAUGUCAACCAGCUAACUCCGCCCCUGCUGCCACAGUACUUUUUAGCGUCGAUGUUUAACGCGCAGGGACGAUUUUUAAUUUUAAAAGAUAGAAAAAGAAGCCAAAAAAUGGAGCCAUAUUAAAGGUUCAUCAUCAUCUGCGAUGAAAAAUUGACUUGAAUGAUAUUGUUGGGGGCGGAGCAAGCUGCUUGACGGCACCUUUGAAAAGCGAUUCAAUCACAGACCACCAAAACAUACAAUUUUUUGUACAACAACCUGCCAAGCUCGAUCUUUCGAAGAAUCGCCGCAAAAGGACUUGAGAGUCAAGUUUGCUCGGUCGGACGUGCGGCUCUUAAGAAAAAAAGCGCCGGAGGGGCAGCGUGGGAAAGGAAAAAGACUGUUAAGCGGUCUGUCACUGUCCUCCGCGGUCUUCCUUUCGUUCACCUUUUUUCUCUUAAUUGUACAGGUAGCCUAGAUUUUUCUCAUUUCUUUGGACGUUCAGUUGAUUCACCACAGCUUGCGCUUUCGCCUAAGACCUUUUCUUGUUUGGAAUUUAUUUUCAUUCGAAUCACUAGGGAACUACUCGGGUACGCGUUUAGCGUUGAAACUUUGAUGGUUUAUAAACCCGGGUAAGAGUACUUGGAAACAAAAGCGAUCAUCUGUCAAACCGCCAUAGGCUUCUGAGAAAAAAUUUUUUUGAAAAUGAAAAGUUUAGGCUUGAAAAUUAUCAAAUUUUUGCUUUCCUCCUUCUUUUGGCUGGAAAAAAGUUUUUUAGAAAUAAUCAUAACCGGAUCAUUCGAGGCGAUUAUAUUAAAAUAUAAAAUAAGGUAAAAAGCAGUUAUCUGAAAAAUUUCAGGCUUAGUUUUCACAUUUUCUACUAAUUUUUUCUCAGCUCUAUAUCGAGUUUAGCAGAUAUUCUAUCUUGUUUUCGAGUAUUCUGGUUUGGGUCUAUAAACCACUACAGUUUCGACUCGAAACGCGUACCCGAGUCCAAGUAGUUCCCUAGUCAGAAACUCUUUGAUGUGCCUGAUGAGAACGCUGAAAUCUUCUAACUGGAUUAAUUCCUAGUUUUUUUUUCUUGCAAAUCGAAACUUUGAGUUUUCAGCUGACAUAAAGUUAUCAGAGAAAAUGAAAACCUUUUGUUCACGCGAUAGCGAUUUUCCAAACAUUAAUUCAGUUCAAUGCAAGUGCAAGAAGGGCUCCGGAAACAUUUCAGUUAAAUCUCAAUCUCCUAGUGGAAUUAUCUCUUCUCUAAAUAUUUUAAACGUACCGUAUAUCGUAGUUCGUGUUUGAAUUUUGCUUUUUCGCCAAAAAAAAAAACGCGCCGCCAUAAAUUACUACGGUAGUCAUGCGACCACGACGUUUCAAGUCGGCAUAAAUUGAAAGAAAAUUGAAGUUUCAGCUACGAUGAGAAGAAGCUUUCUACUCACGGUUUGCCUAUUGGUGAACUCGUCGAUUUGCGAGGAGAAGCCGUGGUAUUUGCCGAUUUUCGACCUGAUCGAUGCCACAGCCAAAUUCGUUGAUGGAGGCGCCUGCAAGCAAGGUUUUCUCUUCCGAGCGAAACAGCAGUACUGCUGCCGUUCUGUUUUUAGUGUUUGCAACGAAAAUUGAAAAAAAUGUGUUCUUUCCGAAGUUUCAGAGCAGGCUUAGGUUGAAAUGCUACCGAAUGGUUAUCUUAAAAUGGAGAUUUUACCAAAGAAAUUCUUUACAGAAUGCACGACGACCAUGGACUGCGACACGGGCCUCAGCUGCUUCCAUGCGACGAACCUCGACAAAGGCUGUUGUUUGAUGGGUUCGCCAGAACCGUCUCCGCAGCUAAUGUUGGUAGUCCUACAGCGCUGAAGCCGAACGAGACUGGCUGCGAGUUGGAGGAGCAGUGCAAGCAGGCCUGCGAAAGCACCAUCUGCGACAAAUCGCAGUCGCCGUCGAGGUGUCUCUGCGAAAAGGGCCGUCACUUCCUUUUCAACAAAUGCUGUCAGUAUCUUGAAAGAAAAUACAAGCAAAUCAGAUUCAGGGAAGAAAUGUCCCGAGUUCGCCUACGCCGAGCCGGUUAUCGACGAGAAAGGCUUCAGUCGCUGUGAGCUCAAAGUCGACCUCAAGACAGCCAUGACCUUCAUGAGACGCAAUAAGCGACAGAUGCGCUCAAACUUCUGCUAA